AUGGCGUCACUGUCGAAGCUGCUCCUGCUAUCUCUACUGUUUCAGGCCAUUCUCAUCGUCAAAUGCGACGAUGACGACGAAGACAGACUCGUCCGAGCAAUCAACCAGUACCGGACAUCCUUAAACCUCACAGCCCUUAACCACAACGAGCGGGCUGAAUGUCUCGCGAGUGAACUCGCAGACGAGUUCAGAGGCCAACCGUGCACAAACACCACGGGCUCCAACACCAUCCCAGGCGCCGAGUCUCAGUUUCCCAACUUCCCGAGGCUCCUGACCGAAUGCCACCUCAACUCAACCACCAUAAGGGAUGGGCAGAUACUGCAUGCAUGCGUACCCGGCCUGGACCCAGCUGUUGUUCUGUCGAAUUUUACCAGGUCUCAGUACGCAGUCUAUCUGAACGGGACCCAGUACACCGGGAUUGGGGCAGGGUCGGAAGAUAACUGGAUUGUUGUUGUCCUUACCACGAACACGAGUACAGGGGAUUACACGCCCGGUACAAAUGUGGGCAAUACGGCGCCUGGUACCAAUGUGGGUAAUAGAGCGCCCGGUACCAAUGUGGAUAAUGGGGCACGCGGGCUUGGUGGGGCCGGUUAUUUGGUGGUGUUGAUUCUUGGGCUUUUCAUGUUGUUAUAG